UGGGUAUCCAACUAAAAAGAUUAACCUAUUAGGUAUACUGACCAUUGCCCAAUAUAAAUUCCAAACUUACUUGUUUACCAACCGAUGCAUUCAACGAGACAACAUUAUGCACCACCUAGAGAUUUAUAUUCCAAACCAGAAUAUCCAAACUCUAUCAUUAAUUCUUGUGGAGAAAUGCAUGUGUUGCAACUCAUGCCCAUACCAAGCCAACCCAUCCCUUCUACAACUACAUAAAUCCCUUACCAGGGUGAAAAUUAAAAAUAUGAGGAAAAAUGAAGCCUGCCAAUAUCUCUCUCAAACUCCUCAUCAUCUCUCUUUCUCUUUUCUUGUUUUUCUCCUUCCAUGUCACAACAGGUGCCACUAACCAAAUCCGCGCAAGUUGCGACAUAUGUGCCAGACAAUAUUAUGAUUCAGAUCCAAAUCCAAUGCUCAAUUUCUGCAUAAAUUCCUUUCAAGCUGCCCGGGGAGCCGACCGCGCCGGCCGCCGGGAGCUCGCGAAGAUCGCGAUGAAGCUACUGAAAAAUAAUGUGACAGAGACACAGUCUUUCAUCAAAAAGACUCUGAAAGAGAAGAACCUUGAUCCAAUUACCAAGUCAUCCCUCAACAAUUGCUUGGGAGAAUAUGGAUUUCGUGCUAAAGCUUCCAUAGAUAAAGGGUUGCGAGCCUACAAAAAUGGGCAAUAUCAAGAAGCUGGUACAGAUAUGAAUGAACUCAGGUUUGUUGCUAAGAGUUGUGAUGAAGGGUUCAAGGACAAUAAAUUUUUUUAUUCUGGAAUUGCCAAGAGAAACGACGAUUUGCUUCUGUUGGCUUCACUGGCAUUAUGCUUACUAGAUAAGAUUUCGUAACCACUGAAUCGUACGUCAUAGUUUGUAUUCAUUGUUAAUUACAUGGUGGCCUGAUACAACAUCUCUUGUUUGAUUUUCUAAUAUGAAUAAAUUAAUAAUUUUCUAUAUUUAUUAUACUA